GCUGUCGAUAUCCGAAAAAUCGAACAAGAACGGAAGUGAAGCAUGAGAAGAAAAAAGGAUAUUUUGUGUGUGAAGUUAGUUAGCAAACGUUAACUUAUAUCAUCCCUGUUAGAGCGGUUAUUUGCUGAAGAACGUGUAUCUGUUCGGUAGCCUACGGAAUUAGAUAGUCCUCCUGGACUAACCCGCCACUUUCUCCGAGAACAGGAACAAAGUGUCAGCCAGGAUGGAUCCAGCUCUACUGAGGGAGAGGGAGCUGUUCAAGAAAAGAGCUCUGUCCACUCCGGCUGUAGAGAAGAGACAUGCUCCUUCAGACUCAGGGUCGCACAAGAAGAAGAAGUCCAAAGUUGACAAGGAGAGCUCAUCAGGGUCCAAACACGGCGCGGAGUCUGGUAAUGGCAACUUUAACAUCAAGACAAGCUCUGGGUACAAGUUUGGCUGCCUGGCCAAGAUAGUCAAUUAUAUGAAGACAAGGCAUCAGAAUGGGGACACACAUUUCCUGACCCUGGAUGAGAUUCUGGAUGAGACCAAACUUCUUGACAUCAGCAUGAAGCAGAAACAGUGGCUCAUGACUGAGGCCUUGGUCAGCAACCCAAAAAUUGAUGUCCGGGAUGGGACGUACGGCUUCAAACCAAAGUACAACCUGAAGGACAAGAAAGCCUUACUGAGGCUGCUAGACAAACACGACCAGCUGGGACUGGGAGGAGUGCUGCUGGACGACGUAGAGGAGGGGCUGCCUAACUCAGCCAAGGCCAUCAAGGCUUUGGGGGAUCAGAUCAUCUUCGUGACAAGACCAGAUAAGAAGAAGAUCCUGUUCUACAACGACAAGCACUGCCAAUUUAUGGUAGAUGAAGAGUUCCAGAAACUGUGGAGGAGUGUUCCAGUUGAUUCCAUGGAUGAAGAGAAGAUUGAGGAGUACUUAAAGAGACAAGGCAUCUCCUCCAUGCAAGAAACAGGACCAAAGAAAGUGUUACCGGUUCAAAAGAGGAAGAAGCAAGGUGGGCAGAGAAAGAGACACUUCAAGACUCACAACAACCAUUUGGCAGGCGUCCUGGAAGACUAUUCCGAUGGUGUUCCUGCUAAGAAGUGAAAUCCUUUCCCCGGCGGUUUCAUGCCCUCAAAGGAGUGAUGUAGAAUCUGUAAAUCAGUCAUGGCUGGAGACGGAGACCCUGGCCACACUACGAUACAAAGCAAACCAACUAGCUUCUUUUCCUUUCUUUGCACUCCUCCCAGUGAUCAGUGGUCUUGUCUUACAUGGAGUGAAUAGAAACUGUGUUGUAGAAUCCUUUUUAGUUUGUUUAUUGAUCAGUGAUAACUGAAGGAGGGGAAAGAGUAAUGAGACCAUUAAGGACGCUGACUGAUGCACCGUUACUGUUGAAAUGUAAAUGAGGUUACAAGUUAAGUGUGUAAAUAUGUUUUUCUUCAUUUUAUUUAGUAUAUUGCCAAGAGGUGUGUGUGUGUGUGUGUGUGGAAGGUUUUAUUUGAAAGGCCAGCCAUCUUUUCAAUAGGAAUUGCAAAAGACAGGAUUGUGCUGUGCAGUCUCUCGUUGAGGUCUCUCAUCCAGCCUGAAACAUCUCGGACAUUACUUCUUGUGGAAUUUCAAAAUAUUGAAAUCCUCUCACUUUGCAGCACAGAGGCAUAGUGAUUUAAAAUAUAAAAACUUUUGCAACUUAUUUUAAUAAAUUACAGUGUUACAGUA